AUGACAUUAGGAGAAACACAAGAUGCAAACUACCAGCAAACACAUCAUCAAAGCGAGAGUGAGGGCGGCACUGGACGCACUCAAGCUGUAUUUGUAAAUAAGCUAUACAAAAUGCUGGAAGACAUAAGCAUUCAAAACCUUAUUUCAUGGUCGGAUAGAGGAGACUUGUUUAGUGUGUCGAAUCCUACGGCAUUCUCUAAAUCUGUGCUCCCUCAGUACUUUAAACAUAACAAUUGGCAGAGCUUUGUUCGACAAUUAAACAUGUAUGGAUUCCAUAAAGUAAACGACAUGAUUCAUUCCAACUUGACAUCAGACAAUCAAACCUGGGAGUUUAAGCAUCCUCAUUUCAAACGAGGCGCUAUAGAAGAUCUGCAAAAUAUCAAACGAAAGAGCACAAAGCCCAAUUUCUCCAACAUGCCAGCACGCAUUCCUAAUAAUACACGAGGUCAAUCCGAAAACGACGAUGAUAUAUACGGCCCAAUGUACAAACACAUUCUACAUAUUGAAGAUCGGCUUCAUCAUGUAUCUCGAUCGUACGAAAUACUGAAAAACGAGACCAACUUUCUGCGUGGGUUACUGAGCCAACAGCAGCAUACCAUUGGAGGCUUCGCCACAUUACUAAAUGAAGUCUUGGACGGGGAAGUUAAUCUCGGUCUUCAAGAAGAGAAAAGAGUGGCCAUGCUCUCCAAACUAUCAGAACUACAAAACAACAUUAUUCCACCUACAUUUCAGUAUCCUCAAUAUCCAAAUCAGUUUCCAUCCGAUCAGCACAAUCAGUAUCCACAGCAACAGCCUUCACCAGAUAAUCCAAGUAACAUUGCUACUCCUCCCUCUGGAAAUCGAACAUUCGAACAAUUUCUACAUACGCAGCAAUUCCAGCUACAUUCCCGAUCAUCCUACUCGUCUCAAUCAUCAUCGUCAUCUCCCAGCAAUGUAUCAACAAAUCGAAAACUAGGAUUUGGUAAAGAAUCGCACCUCUUGAAUCCAGAGCCUCCUUCCUUAAGUCAUCCUGGGUAUCCAACAAGCCAAGAUGUCAAAGCUUCAGAACGAGAUGAAGUGGAUUAUUUCAAAAAGAAGCAAAGAACUGAAUAG